AUGAUUGUAUUUUAAAAGUAAUUUCUUUUUUUAUUCACUAAUUUGUGUUGUUAAAAAGUGUGUACGAUUUUAUUAAAACAAAAUGAGUUUAUACGCUCAAUGCCGAUUAUGUGCUGAUUUAAAAUUCACAAAUGAAUUAAUUCAUAUUAAACAAGACGAAGCAGUACAAUUAAAUUUGGAGCAAAAAAUACAACAAUGUUUGAAUCUACAUUUCAACGAUACUCGGUUACCAAAGAAUGUAUGCUCGUUAUGUUGUGAUAAAGUCACCGCAACCUAUGAUUUCCAAGAGUUAGUUAAAGAGGCACAACAACGUUUAGAGGAUGCUGUAGAGGAUAGUAAAUCAAAUAUUAAAGAAGAAGUAUCUGAUACAGAAUUAAAUUCGUAUGAUUAUGUGGAACCAUUGUUGAAUCAAGAUGAUGAGAAUGAUACAAAGAUUAAAGAUGAUGAUAGCUAUGACGAUGACGAAGAUAAAGAUGAAGAAGAUUCGAAACCUAAGUCAUCCGAAAGGAAGAUUAAGUCUGAAGAGAAAAGAAGCCGUAGGAAACGAAAACAUGAAAGUAAAAACUUAGCUGAAUCGAAAAGAAAAUACGUGAAAAAAGAAAGGAAAAGUGUUAGCAAAACAACCGACGAUGAAGAAGAUCCAGAAAGAGCACGAGAGAGAGCAGAACGAAAUGCAUUAAUUCGACGAAUUAAAGAUGAAUGGAAAAUGUAUAAAUGGAAAUGUGUAUUAUGUCAAAAUGAAUUAAUGGGCUUGGAUACAUUUAGAAAACAUUUCGAGGAAGUACAUAAACAACCGCCCAAAUACAUUUGUAUGGAAUGUAAUAAAGUAUUCGAAUCGGAUUAUAAUUUUAAACGGCAUAUGUCUUGUCAUCGAAAUGAAUUUAAGUUUAAGUGUGAUAAAUGUGAUCGAUUUUUCCCACGACGUAAAAUCCUUAAAAAACAUUUAAUCAGUCAUUCAACCGAGAAAAAUUUCAUGUGCCCAAAAUGUGGUAAACAUUAUAAAACUUCGGAUUCGUUACGAGUACAUUUACGAAUACAUGCAUCUGUUUUAACACAAAAUCGUCCGAAGUACGAAUGUGAAUUGUGUCAUAAAACGUUGCAUACACAAUCUGGACUUUAUAAUCAUAUUAAAAUUCAUAAAGGUGAACGAAACUUUACAUGCGAUCAAUGUGGAAAAGCAUUUUUGACCAACAGUUCGUUGAAAUAUCAUAUGAAUACCGUACACUCAGAUUUGAAACCAUUCUGUUGUGAACAUUGUCGUCGAACGUUCAAAACACAACCAUUAUUAAAACGGCAUAUGCAAGCACACAGUUCAGAAAAAAGGCAUGCUUGCGAAGUUUGUGGUAAACGUUUUCAUCGAAAAGAAACAUUAUCAAGACAUUCGUCUGUACAUACGGGUGUGCUUGACUUUGCAUGUGAAUAUUGCUAUAAACGGUUUAGAACAAAACAACUUUUGAAGGUACAUACAAGACAACAUACCGGCGAAUGUCCCUACUCAUGUUUGGAAUGUAAUCAACAUUUUACAGAUUCAUCAAAUUAUAUUAAACAUAUGAAAGGUAAACACGGUGUAAUGAGUAUAAGGAAAAAUGUUACAUACAAGUUUGACGACGAUCCUCCAGCAAAUCCUGAGCAAAAAGUGGAAAAUAUUAACCCCUCUAUAAUGAAUAAUAAUUAAAGAUUGUAACGCAAUUUAAAAAAAAUAAAACAUUCCAAAUAUUUAUAUAAUAUAUAAAUUCUAUAUUACACACAUCACAGCAAAUUUACGUAUUUGUGGUAUUAACUGUACAGUAUUG